GCGCUCCGUGUCCCCUCCGCAGCCAUGCCAGGUGCCAUGGCGGCCGACAACCUCAUGAUGGCAGCGUUCCUUGCCGUACUCAUGGCGGUGCCGGUACGGCAAACCGCUUCUGCGGCGGAGAUGACGGCGGCGAAAGCGGUGGCUGCCGAGCGAGUAGGAGAAGGGUCUUCAGGCGUGGGAGCAGCCGUAGUGGUGGUGGGCGGCAGUCCGGAAACUGCCAUGUACGGCCGGAGGGGGCUGUCGUCGGAGCGAGGCGGGGCAGCGCCGGGGGUGCAGGCGGAAGUGGAGGGCGUGCAACGAGGGGGCGCUUGCGAGGCACUCAUAGAGCGUGUGGGGGCAGCAGCUGCAAUAGGAGCACUGGCAGGAGCUGAAGACACAGCACACGCGGCAGAGACGGAAAGGGAAACCAUUGCAACCGAAAACGCGGCCGGCAGGGCUGCCCCGGAACCAAACCUCUUUGAAAAGCCAUUAACACGGACAUCAUCGGCGCCAGGAUGGCUGCAGCAGCGGCCCCCAAGUGCGGAUACAGCACCCUCCCCGCCGCAGCCGCAGUCCCCAUCAGCGCCACCAGUGACGGCCGAGUCUCUUAGUCUCACGCUGGCGGCGGCGGCAGCGGCCUGCGCGGCCUCGCAGCACCUGGCGGCAGCGCUGAAUGCCGUACCGCUGACGAUGACGAUCAUGGCGCUGGUGGCGGCGGCCAUGUCGGGAGGGGCGCAGUGGCUGCGGAGCCGCUUGGUGACCCGUUGGUCGCUGGAAGGGCAGCCAGCGGGCCCGGUCUUUGCAGGCGCCUCCGCACUGGGGUCCUGCCUGAUGCCGCUCUUCUUCGCAGUCAUCGGCGCCUCCGCCGGCUCGCUGCACUGCCUCGCAGGCGCCACCGCCGCCGCAGUCGCCACAUCCGCCGGCCCGCACCCGCAC